AUGGCAAUAAAUACAUACGACUUAACAGGACGUACUUCACGAAGGAAAAUUAGGGAACAGGGAAGGCUGAGCGCCUCAGCCCGGCCGCGCCGCUCCCGCCGUCCCAGCGCUCCGGCCCGCGGGGCGGCCCCGCCGCUGCCCCGCCCUCUCCGUGGCGGGCGCAGGCGCACGGUGGGGGCACGGGCAGCGAUGGCGGCGCGGAGCGGGGCCGGGGCCGGGGCCGGGGCGGGAGGGGCGCUGUGCCUGGCGCUCCUCUGGCUGUCGGUCGCGCCGCUGCUUCGCGGCGCUUGCGGCUCGGAGCUCCUCGGGCCGUCGGAGCUGCCAGGCGGCGCGGGCCCCGGGGAGCGGUUUAAGAUCGAGGGCCGGGCCGUGGUGCCCGGAGUGAAGCCGCAGGACUGGAUCGCGGGGGCCCGGGUGCUGGUGGACGGGGAGGAGCACGUCGGCUUCCUGAAGACAGAUGGAAGUUUUGUGGUUCAUGAUGUACCUUCAGGAUCUUACGUAGUGGAAGUUAUAUCCCCAGCUCACAAAUUUGAGCCUGUGCGAGUUGACAUAACUUCAAAAGGCAAAAUGAGAGCAAGAUAUGUGAAUUACAUCAAACCCUCUGAAGUUGUCAGGCUGCCAUACCCACUGCAGAUGAAAUCCUCUGGACCACCUUCAUACUUUAUAAAGAGAGAAUCUUGGGGAUGGACAGAUUUCCUCAUGAACCCUAUGGUGAUGAUGAUGGUUCUUCCGUUACUGAUAUUUGUGCUUUUACCUAAAGUUGUCAACACCAGUGAUCCUGAUAUGAGGCGGGAAAUGGAGCAGUCAAUGAACAUGCUGAAUUCCAACCAUGAGCUGCCAGAUGUGUCUGAAUUCAUGACAAGACUUUUCUCUUCAAAAUCUUCCAGCAAGUCUGGUGGUAGCAGCAGUAAAACAGGGAAAAGUAGUUCUGGAAAAAGGAGGUAGUUGAGUCUUCCUCCCAAGUCUGAGUUUGCACAACUGUUUGUUAUGUGCUGUCGUGUUUAUUUGUCUUGAAAGAUCAAAAAGCCACUACUGUAAACUUUAACCAGGCACAAAAUCAGUAUGCUACAAGUGUGGUUUGUAGCUUUUUUUUUUAGACUGUUAUAAGCUGUUUUGUACUUGACAGUAAGCAAAAGAGGACAUGGCUUCAAUACUGUAUCUGUAUAAAGUUACUGAUGAUGCUGAAUUAAGUAUAUUAUUCUGUAGAGAAUUAAAAUAAAUUAUGUGAUGUGCUUCACAGUAA